GAUUUUACUGGUCUGCUCCUGAGAGUCUUUGGGCGGAUUAGAUGAGUCUGACUUCACGAUGAGGAGCGACCCUCUUCUUUUCACUUCCAGCAGGGCGAUGGAGGAGCUGGUGUGUGAGCUCCGUCUCUUCCUGGACCUGCUGGACAGAGAGUACCUGAGCGCCGGGGUCCGAGAGAGGAAGCUGCACCUGUCCAACAUCCUGCACAGAGUCCUCUCAGAAAAAGAGCCGUCAUUCAAGUCCGAGAUCCACAGUGGUCUGCCGGCCCCGCCUCAGAUGCCCCUCCCUGAGAUCCCUCAUCCAUGGCUGCCUCCGAACAGCGGCCCUCCUCCUCUGCCCAGCUCGUCUCUACCAGAAGGAUACUACGAGGAGGCUGUUCCUCUGAGUCCUGGGAAGGCUCCUGAAUACAUCACCUCCAACUAUGACUCGGACGCCAUGAGCAGCUCGUACGAGUCGUACGAUGAGGAGGAGGAGGACGGGAAGGGACAGAAGAUGCGUCAGUGGCCGUCUGAAGAGGCGUCCAUGGAUCUGGUGAAGGACGCUCGGAUCUGCGCGUUCCUGCUGCGCAAGAAACGCUUCGGCCAGUGGACCAAACUGCUCUGUGUCAUCAAAGAUAACAAACUGCUGUGCUACAAGUCCUCCAAAGACCAAACCCCUCAGAUGGAGCUGAGCCUGUCAGGCUGCAGCAUCACUCACAUCCCCAAAGACGGCAAGAAGAAGAAGCACGAGCUGAAGAUCGUCCACCAGGGGGCAGACGCUCUGGUUCUGGCGGUGCAUAGCAAAGAGCAGGCCGAGGAGUGGCUGAAGGUGAUGAGAGAGGUGUGUGUUAAUGGCUGUGUUGACUUUGACGGAGCUGGAUCGGGAUCACCGGUGCACAAACCUGAACUGGAAAAGAAGGCAUCGUGCGACAGACCGAGCUCGGACGGUGAGGUGGCUCAUGAGAACGGACACAGCGACAGCAAGGACCAAGGAAAAGGAAAGAAGAACUCAAAGUCGGAGCAGAAGAGCGGGACGGUGGGGAAGGGGGCGGGGAAGAAGAUCACCAAAAUCAUCGGGCUGGGUAAGAAGAAGCCGUCCACGGAUGAGCAGACGUCGUCAGCCGAAGAAGACGUCCCCACGUGUGGCUACCUGAACGUGUUGUCCAAUAACCGCUGGCGGGAGCGCUGGUGCCGCCUGAAAGACAACCAGCUCCUCCUCCACAAGGACCGGGACGACCUGAAGAGCCACAUCGCCUCACUGCCCCUCCGAGGCUGCGAGGUGAGCCCGGGCCUCGACAACAAACACCCCUUUGCCUUCCGUCUGCUUCGUAACGGCCAGGAGGUCGCCGUGCUGGAGGCGUCCUCCUCUGAGAUGAUGGGCCGCUGGUUGGGGGUCUUAUUGGCUGAGACUGGCUCCACCACCGACCCGGCCACCCUGCACUACGACUACAUCGACGUCGAGACCACCGCCAACGUCAUCCAGCUCGCAAAGCAGUCCUUCUGUUUCACCAGUAAGCGAGCGGUUUCUCCUAACCCGUACCUGGACAACCCGGUCAAUGGCUACGCCUGCCCCUCCGGUAUGGCUCUGCACUACGAUGAUGUGCCCAUCAACGGGACGGACCCUGAUGUGCAGUACUCCAGUCCCAGCACAGGGGGGCACCAGCUGAAAAAGGAGCUGCUCUAUGAGAACACUGACCUCUAUGAGAACAUGCCCUCGCCCAAGCUGGCGUCUCGUCUCCCUGCAAAGCUUUCCUCUCCCUCUGCUGCUGUCUAUAAAACCCCCGUCUCUAAAAAAAGCCCCGUCUCUAAAGUCUCUUCUAAGUUCCUUGCUGCUGACGCUAAAGCUAAAGAGACGCCGCAGCUGAAGGGAAAGAAAGGAGCGGCCACCAAUGGGAUCACUUCCAAACAGAAGGCCGAUCAAAAGAACCAGACCAAAAAGAACGGGGUCAACGCCAUGAACGGGACGGCUUCGCUCAAACGCAACAGCUCGAAUGCAGAGCAGGUUAAGUAUGGGAAGAACCGCGUGGAGGCCGACGCCAAGCGGCUGCAGUCCAAGGAGGACGAGCUGAUGAAGAGGAAGCAGGAGAUCAGGAACCAUCUGACCCAGCUGAAGAAAGACAGGAGGGACCUGCGCACUGCUGUGGAGGCUGCUGCUGGCAAGCGUUCCCUCGCGUCGCUGUCGGAGCGCCUGAAGAAGGUGGAGGAGGACUGCAGGCUUAAGGAGGAGGAGCGCGUGAACCUGGAGCUGGAGGUGACGGAGGUGAAGGAGAGCCUGAAGAAAGCCCUGAGCGGCGGCGUCACCCUGGGCCUCACCAUCGAACCCAAAACAGGCUCGUCUGGACUCCAGUCACCAGCCAUGACGCGACGGACUCAGGGGUCCUCUCCUUUCUCCAGCUGUGACACCAGCGACACGGAGUCCUGCUCCCUGCCGGUCAACAGCGCCUCCCUGCUCCGCCGGCAGGGGGCCCAGAAGCCCUCGACAGUCCGGGGACACGUCCUCAGGAAGGCCAAGGAGUGGGAGCAGAAGAGCGGCACAUAAUCAUCACCCGGCACAUCUGACCUGUCUCACUUCCUUUGUUUCUUUUCUUUUUUUUUUUUUUUUAGAAAUUGUGUAUAUAUUUAUUUAAGACUGUUCUUACAGUGUGAGAGUGUUGAGAGAGGAGGACACGAGCUCAGCACAUCCACAUGAACCUGAAAACAAGUCGCUGCUUUUAGCUUCCUGUCGGCUCCUCAACAUACAGACGUCUUUACUGUCGAGCAUGCUCAGUGUGCUAAGUUGUGCCACUUGUUGUUGUCCGCCGUGCUCUUUUCUUCAAGCAGUCAACCUUUUUUUUUCUUUUCUUUCCAUUCAAAUCCAUUUUGUCAGUUUGGGUUCAAAAAGGUGGAAACCAAGUAUUUAUUUGUAAAUGUUUAAAGGAAAUACUAGCUUCCCUUUGUUUAUUUAUGUCUCUAUAUAUUUAAAGCUUUCUUCACUCGAUUAGCGGCGCACCACAGACCCUUAGACGGAUCUCGUACACGGUGCGUGUUUGAAGACGCACCAGAUGAGCAUCAAUGUGGCUCUGCUGAAAAACAAAAUGAUUCCAAAGAGCCGACAAAUUAAGACAUAAAACCACGAUAAACACGAUAAGUCACAGAGGUCAGCUGUAGUUCUGCGUUACGACCGGGAGCUGUUACAAUAACACAAAAUCUAUAUUUUAAAGAUGAGGUUAAAGUUGCGUGAAGAUUUUUGAAUCGUGUUCCUUCUCAGUUUUAAAGCAGGACUCUGGUGUGUUUUAAACAGUUCCCCUCAGAUUUAGAGCUCGCACUCUCAAACCUCGACCAACAUGGCUGAUAAUAGUAGCCUCAGUCCAGCUCCUCCAAUCACGUCACUGGUUAACUGUAACCCUGUGAACUGUGUGUGCAAGUGUGUGUGUGUGCACCCAAUGUCUUAAAGUCCAGACUUCUUCAUGCGCGCACACACACACACACACACACACACACACACACACACACACACACACACACACACACACACACACACACACACACACACACACACACACACAAAUAUUCCAUCAAUGUCACAUUGUUAUGGUGCUUUUUUACAGUUUUGUGUUUCCCUGUAUCUGCUUUGCUAACAUGUUGAUAUUGUUUAGUAUUCAGACUGUGUCAAAGGAGUGGACGUAUCAACCUAUUGGUUUGUGACGGUCGCCAUCUUUUUUGGGGGGGGGGGGUGUCUGAGGGUCGGUGUCCACCUGACGUUUUUAUCGGCAGCGUCUUACUUUAGUUGUUCCCCUUAAGGAAAGAGCGUUCGCAGCAGCCACUCCGAGCUCUUCUAGUUGAAAAUCGUUCAACUUCCUGGUAUUUAAGUCACGUGUGGAUCACGUCGUGUCCCCACAUCCUCCGUGUCAGUGGUAGUGGGGCCGUCAUCCUCCAGAGGACGAACAUCCUCCAUUUGAUGCUCAAGGUGAAGGGGAAAAAAAAAUUAAACAUACAGUCAAAAGCAGUGGAGCAGUGUCAGCCAUACACACUGUUGUCAUGGAGACUUGGCGCUUUUAUUCACAGCGCACAAACGCUUCAUCCAAUCACUCCCUGGUUUACAGCCAGCGCUUUUCUGUCCGAAAAAAAACCUGGCAAGUGGACACAGGCCCUUUAAGUGACAUAUCCAGAUGUCAGGGUGGAAACCUCUCUCGUGAUUGGAACGUCGCUGAGAUAGUUUUUGUCCUUUUGACUCAAAACCUGAACUCAAAUUUACAAAAAAAGACGUGUAACGACAGAUUGAGACUCUUAGCAUGCUUUGGUUAGGUUUACUGAGCAGACGGCUCUUAUUUCUCACCUGGGUUCAUAACAAUCCGACAAUUUGUUUGCAGCCACUUGAGUCGCCCCCCUGCUGGCCAUUAGAAGUAAUGCAGUAAGAAAUGACUUCUGCAUUAGCUUCUUUUAGAACCAAUAUGUAACGUCCAUUUCUUCUGUGCAGUCUGUGUAUUCAAGGUGCUUCCUGUAAUACUGCUCCAGUUUGGGACUUCAUGCUGCACACAGGCGCCGACGCCUCUUCAGUCUUGUAAAUAUGUUCUAUCCUCAACCUGCUUUCAAACCGAUAACCAACAGAUCUGUGAGUUAGACACUAGUCAGCAUGUUAGCGUGAAGACAGCGGCACAUGGGGACUUUUAUCUGCAAGUGUUUUGUUCUUUUUGAUCCCCCGUCGGCUCCGUGUGGCUUCAAACUGAGCGACAUGUCCGAUGUGGGAACCUGCUGUUGUUCAUGGCUUGGGUUUGUGGGAGGGGUUUGUGGGGUGUGGGAGGGUGUGGGGGGAGGGGUACAGUCUCGUACAUCAGUGUUUGUUUUUUGCACCUUAAUCCAUUUUUCUACUCUGUUGUAUUCUCAGACAGUUACCGCCUCGGUGACACACAUGCUUGUACAUAACAUGAAUAAACCUCCUGACAAACAG